ACUCUCAAGAAAGUGAGUAAUUUUCAGACGGAGAAAGACAGGAAACUAUUUUCAGUGAAAAUUCGUAAAUUAUUUAUUUAGAUUGCUGAUUUAAUAAAAAAUUUUCAAGAGUGUCACAAAUACAAUAAAUAAACGACUUUGGUAUUAACUGAAAACUGCAAAAGCCACCAUCUCCAGCAUGGAUCGCAAAGCUGAACUGGAACGUAAAAAAGCCAAAUUGGCAGCUCUUCGCGAAGAGAAGGAUCGUCGUAGGCGUGAAAAAGAGAUGAAGGACAUGGAAGAGGCUGCUGGACGUAUCGGUGGAGGGGUUGGCAUCGACAAGGAUCAAAGGAAAGAUUUAGAUGAGAUGUUGUCUUCAUUGGGAGUUGCGCCCGUAUCAGAGGUAUUAUCUUCAUUAUCAUCUGUAAAUUCACUCACGUCGGACAACUCCAACACUCAAACACCAGAUGCCAGUCUGCAAGCAAAUAUGAAUGGUGUCGGAGGUGGUAAGAAGCAGCCCCUAAACUUAAGCGUGUACAACGUGCAGGCAACCAACAUUCCACCUAAAGAAACGAUGGUAUACUCAAAACAAACACAAACUACUAGUACUGGAGGGCACGAACGUGAUGUUCUUUCUUGCCACUCCUCACCUCUAUCAGGAUACAUGGAGGAUUGGUGGAGACCACGCAAAGCUCAUGCUACGGAUUAUUAUGACGAAUACAAUCUAAAUCCGGGUUUAGAGUGGGAGGAUGAGUUCACAGGAGAUGACGAAGAGAGCUCUCUACCACAUCUGGAUCAUGGUUUCACCUCGAAGUUGCCACCCGGCUACUUGACACAUGGUUUGCCUACGGUCAAGGAUGUGGCACCCGCCAUCACGCCAUUGGAGCAAAAGAAGGAGCAGGAGGAGAAAAAAGAGAUUAAGGAACUUUCGGAGGAGCAAAAACAGAUGAUCAUACUUUCCGAGGACUUCCAACGUUUUGUGCUACGCGCAGGUCGUGUUGUUGAACGUGCGCUCUCCGAGAAUGUUGACAUUUAUACGGAUUAUAUUGGCGCUGGCGAUAAUGAAGACAACAAUGAUGAGCGCUCACAUGCUCGCCUCUCGUUGAAUCGCAUUUUCUACGAUGAACGUUGGUCGAAAAAUCGUUGCAUCACCUGUAUGGAUUGGUCUACACAUUUUCCGGAAUUGGUGGCCGCUUCAUAUCACAAUAACGAGGAGAGUCCUAACGAACCCGAUGGCGUUGUUAUGGUUUGGAAUACUAAAUUUAAAAAGCAAACGCCUGAAGAUAUUUUCCAUUGUCAAAGCGCCGUCAUGUCGACGUGUUUUGCUAAAUUCAAUCCUAAUCUGAUAUUAGGUGGUACAUAUUCGGGACAAAUUGUGCUAUGGGAUAAUCGUGUGCAAAAACGUACACCAAUGCAACGCACACCAUUGAGCGCUGCUGCACACACUCACCCGGUGUAUUGUUUGCAGGUGGUUGGCUCACAAAAUGCUCACAAUGUUAUCUCGAUCUCUUCGGAUGGCAAAUUGUGCUCUUGGAGUUUGGAUAUGUUGUCGCAUCCUCAAGACACUUUGGAGUUACAACAGCAGCGUCCAUCGAAAUCGAUUGCAGUUACUUGUAUGGCUUUUCCGGCGAAUGAAAUUAAUAAUUUGGUGAUGGGCAGUGAGGAUGGUUACGUCUACUCAGCUUGUCGUCAUGGUUCACGCACUGGCGUAAAUGAUGUCUUCGAAAAGCACUUGGGCCCAGUAACAGGAAUCUCUACACACUACAAUCAAUCGUCACCUGACUUUGGCCAUCUUUUCUUAACUUCCUCUAUUGAUUGGACUAUUAAGUUGUGGUCUCUGAAGGACACUAAACCUCUGUAUUCCUUUGAAGAUAACUCUGAUUACGUCAUGGAUGUCGCAUGGUCGCCCAUUCAUCCUGCACUUUUUGCUGCUGUCGAUGGUAGUGGUCGCCUUGAUUUGUGGAAUCUUAAUCAGGAUACCGAAGUACCCACAGCAUCAGUUUUGGUUGAAGGUGCGCCAGCACUUAAUCGUGUCUCGUGGACUCCGUCAGGUCUGCAUGUGACCAUCGGCGACGAUACGGGCAAACUGUAUGUUUACGAUGUCACUGAUCACCUGGCGCAGCCAUCACGUGAUGAAUGGUCGCGUUUUAAUGCGACACUCAAUGAGCUCAAAAUGAAUCAAAGCGAUGAUGUUUAAAUCAAAUGCGCAUUCGCAAUUAAACGAUAAUUUAAUUUAAAAAGACUUCAUUGAUAUUCUACAACUAUGGCAACUUAAUAUAAAGAAACAGGAAUAAGCACUCCACUGUGUUUGAAAGCCUCAGCUGCAAUGUCAAAGGCAAAAUCGUUAGUAAUUCAUUAGAUGAGCAAAUAUAAUUUGUAUUUUGUACAACUCUAAGUUAAAAGGUUUUAUAUUGUAUAAACUUAAAACAUCAAAGGCCUAUUUUGUUUCUAAUUGUAAGAUGCUCGCACUGUUAUGAAAAUAAGAAGUGCUGGAUGCAACUUGCGCUAAGUAUUAAUUGACUUAAUUUUUCUACUGUUUCAAUAAAAUUGUGCUUUAGGGCAAGCACCCUCUAUUAGUAUUCUCAAAUUUAAAUAAAUCUUUAUUCGAUUCUGUUAAAUCUUCUAUAUGUAUUUAUUUAUGUUACUACAAGUAUUUUGCUUUGUUGAAAUAGGGACUGCUACUUAAAUGUCAGAAAAGUGCAGAUGUUUAUGAGUAGGUGUAUGUGCUGCUUGUACGAGAGAUCACUAAGUGAGAACGAAGAUAAAUCUAACAACAUAAAUACUUACAUAUGUAUACAUAUAUAAAGAUUUAUUGAGAUAUAAUAAUAUAUGAAUAAUGAAACUAAAA